AUGGGAAACAUUUGCUGCCUUGGGCGGGAGAAGCCCAGCUUCGAGGCAUCGUCAAACACCGCCCUCCCUGCCCGGAGCGUGGAGAACGUCGUGCUGCUCCGGCGACCUGCGCCUCCACAGCCGCCAGGCCUCAAAGAGGCACUGGCUUCGGAGACAGCGUGCAAAGGCACCACCGGCGAAUCAGAGAAGCCUGACCUCAAAGAGGCACUGGCUUCAGAGACAGCAAGCAAAAGUACCACCGACGAAGCAGAAAAGACAGCACGGACAUCUGUGAGCACUGAAGCAGAAACGCCAGAUCUCAAAGAAGCAGCGGCUUCAGUGUCUGACCAGAAGGCCCUCGCGGAGCCAAAUGCAAAGGCGCUCACCCAAGAGGCCCUGGAUGAGGUUUUCUCUACCCAGGCGCUCUUCUUCGUCCGGGGCCUCAUGUCCAAAGGCCAGCGCUCCGGCGAGGAGAGGGAGUGGGCGGCAUUCGGCGACGCGGGCCCGUUCCAGCCCGACAUGAUCUCCUGCCAGAAGGGAGACAAGGGGAAGGCCUCGGAGCCCAAUCAGGACAACUUCUCAAUCACUCGGUUGUCCAACGGAUACUCCCUGGCCGUCAUUUGCGACGGUCACGGAAAGAAAGGCCACCAGGCUGCCACCAGAGCAGCCCAGUCCAUCCCUUUCUUUGUCAUGCAGCUCGCCCUUGACGGGGAGCAGGUGGAGGAGGCCAUCCUGGAGAAGGCGUUGAUCAGUGCCUUCGAGAAGGCUGACGAAGACCUGCAGCAGCAUGCGGCGUAUGCGGAGAGUGGCUGCACAGCGGUGGCAGCAUUGUGGACGGGCCGCAAAGUGUGGACUGCCCAUACUGGAGACAGCCGUUGUCUCCUUUUGAAGGACCAGCAAGUGAUCUUCUCGACAGAAGAUCAUAAGCCCAGCUGCGUGCAGGAAAGACGACGCGUGGAGGAGAGCGGCGGCGAGGUGCGCUCGCUGAGCUCGGAUGACGUGCCUCGCGUCUUCUUCCCGGGCCAGAUUCGGCCAGGCCUUGCGAUGACCAGGGCUCUGGGCGACAACAGCGCGAAGGGCUGCGGUAUCAUUGCAACGCCGCAGGUGCACCACACCUGCAUGGACAUGGGCCAGGCCGCGAUUGUCCUUGCCAGUGAUGGUGUUUGGGAGGUCGUGCAGGACCACGAAGUGCCGGCGCUGGUCUGCGAAAGUUUCGACACGGCGAAGCUGCAGUCGGAAGCUUUGACGCGUUGGGCAUCGCUCACUGGUGGACAAUAUCGUGAUGAUGUUACUAGCAUCGUCGUCCCGCUCAUUUGA